AUGGCUGAUCUAGACACUUCACAGAAGUCACGACUAUCACCAAAUAAUAGUCUGAAUCAUAAUGAAGAAAAAAACACCAUUGAUGUAUCAGUAAAAGAGAAGGAAAAAAGUGAGCAAACAGAGAAUUCUCAGAUUACUUCCGGAUUUGAAGCCAAUUUGCAGAGUGAGUUAGAUAAAAUGGAGGCAGAGCUGCAAAAUCACUCUGAAAUUAAGCAAGCAAAUGAGGCAGGGGGCAGAAAUAAAACACCACUGGAUUAUUUGGAGUCAAAUCUAAACUAUUUGGACAAGCUGAACGAUGAAGAAUUAGAUCGUCAUCUUCAAAAUAUUAUAGUGGGCAACACUGAAGAUGUGCUGCGACACGAUAACGUAGCAGAACCACACGAAAAUUAUGACACAGAUGGUGCAGAUUCAACUUCAAAUGAACAAGAAGUUGUGAAACAACAAAGUGCUGGUGAAGGAAAUCAGUCAUCGAAUAACAAGACAGAUUCACCAGAUAAUAAUACAUCUGAGGUAAUUAGCAAUCAAAAAGAAGAAAAAGAAAACACUACAUACUCGAAGAAACUUGAUGAUGAAGUCGUAAAAACGAAGAAAGAUACAAAAAACACAUCUGGCCAACCGGAAAAUUCGGAAGAGAAAGCAAUCAGGGAGACAGACAAAACAUUUAAAACAAACGAGGAAGACAGCGAAGAGGAUAAGGAUGAAAUUGAUAAGGAGCUUGAAAUGUUUCAGAGAGUCCAGGAAGAGAUACAGAAGGAAAAUCGUGAGGCGAAUAUGGAGAAGUUGACUUCAGACACAUCGAAGAAACAAGCGGACGGCACUCCAACAGAGAGAGAGGAGCAUAUUAAGGUCGAGAAAAUCAAUAAAUUGGAAUUGCAAAAGAAAUCAUCCGACACUUCAGAAUCACCAGGAUUUACAAAGAAGGUUGAUCCUCAGUCAAAGGAUGAAACACUUAUUUCAAAAACACCUCUGGAAAAUUCCGCCGACAAAAAUAGUAAGGAAAAGAGCGCUGAUCACAGUUUAACUUUACAUGGUGACAGUGUAAAACAUAUUGAUACAAAUGAAACUUCAAUGGAUAAUAUUGACUCACGAUUAAUUGAUAAUGAUAAGGAGGUAAACGGGAUUGACGAGCCUGAUAUUCUUGAAACAGGAAAUGAUUUGACAACCACAUAUAAAGGUGUUCCAAUACCUGCUGAUAGUGAACUCGCAAAAACGAGGGAGUCAAAGGUGCUAAAGGCUUAUAAGGAACUAUUGGAGGAUAGUCAAAAUGCUCCAACACCGUCGGAAAUACUAAAUGCCCAGAUGGCAGCAUUACCUUUGGCCAUUACGGCGCCUGAGCAUCUUUCUUUCAAUGUUCAGAUGCUUGUAAACACACUUCCAACACUGGAUAAUCUGGCAACGCAAAUUUUAAGAGUUGUUGCACGGGAGUCAUUUCAAAACGUUAUGGAGUUGGUAUCAAAUAGAGAAAGCUACAGCGGAAUUGCCUUCGGAAAUUUGGUGGAAUUAUUUGAAACUACUAAAAGAGUCUACAACUCGGAGGAAAAUCCUUUUUUUACGGUAGAAAAUGUUACGUUUGGACUUUGGAAGUAUCGUGAGCCAGCACCAUCAUUUUUGCAUGGAAAAGAGGAGACGAUUGAAGGAACGUUGAGGAAAGUUAAUUUGGCAACGUUUCUUCUUGCAACGCUGGGAUUAAUUGAUCUUGGAUUUUACUUCCUCAACGAAGCAUUCUUGGACGUUUUUUGCCCUCCUCAAAAUCUCGAUCCUGAAAAGUCCAUUAGCUACUAUGGCCAAAACAACUCUUUGGAACAUACAUUACCAUCUUCGGUUACCCGCCAUCGUUCAGCUCAUAAUCAAACAAAAUUUUUAAAAUCGCAAGCAAUUCUUUAUUUGGAAUUGAAGACACAGGCAUUUAUCUCGGCCAUCGAACUGGGCGACCGGAAAAAAGAUGAAAUAAUUCAGGAUUUGUUUCCCGAUAAUCUGGACGAAAUCCUUUUGAAGAGAAAGGAUCCAAACUUUGAUUCUUCUAAGAGGAAAGUAUCCAGGGAUUCCACAUUCUUUACACCAGCUGAAUUGGACUUUUUAUCAAGGUGUGAGUCCCGUAAAAAGAACUUGUUGGAGAUUGAAGAUGACUCGAUGCUUAUGCAAAAGUACGAGUGGGUCAAGUUCUUGAACGAUCUGCUGAACUAUGUGGCAAAGAAUGUGGGCUUCCUUGUUUGGGGUCCAAAGGGCAAGUUCACUGGUCUGCUUACAAAGCGUACAGUAUUGAUGAAGGAACAGAGAAGCAGAGAAACAGGAAGCAGUGCUUUGAAUGAGGCAAAGAGAAAACGGUUGUUAGAUCAACGGGAACCGAAUGAAAUGACUGCUAGGAUCAACGCGGUGGCAAAUAAAAGGAGAAAAAUCAGACAGAGACAGAACAGACCAACCACUUUCCGCCGAACGUGGACUCAUGAGGAGGAGGAAGCAUUAAAGGAAGGGCUUAAGCUGAAGGGAACCCACUGGACAGCAAUAUUGGAGCUGUUUGGACCUGGAGGCUCCAUAAACGAAGCAUUGAAAAAUAGAACCUCCUUACAAUUAAAGGACAAGGCCCGUAAUUGGAAGCUUUAUUGUCUUAAGAACAACAUUGAGGUGCCUGAUUAUCUUAUAAAAGCCAGUGGUGGCACAGAACACAUUAAGGGUUCAUCAUCUUUGAAUGAGCUGUCUGCUAGUGCUAUUCAUAGGCCGAAGAUCGGUGAGCGUACGCCAAACAUGCAAGCUAUGAAUGAAGGAUUAUCAAAAGGAUCUAAUUCUGCUUCCAUGCAUUCAUUAACUACGGGAAACAUGAAAACAGCUUCAUCGUCAGAAUUCAAAACUAAAACAACGAUAAAUGACGUUUCAUCCACUUCUCAGUCUAACGAUAAACUUGAUACCUCAGAUGACAUUACUGACGAGUUUAAAAACUUGGUUGCACAGGCUUUUGAUUAA